UUCCGGCGCGCGGCCAUGGCGGUGCGGCUGAGGCGGCGCUCGGCGGGGCCGGUGGGGCCCGUUCAGCUCCUGCCGUGUCGCGUCCGCAGCGACGGCGACGCCCCCGUGAGGGCCUUGAGGGCCAGGGAGGGGCCCCAAGGCGAUCUGUGGGCCUCGUUCCGUGGACGCCGCUUGGGGGGCCGGGAGUUGCCGCUGCCCCACGGAUUCCGUGGGGCAGUGCUGCGUGAAGAAGAGCCGCCCCACGGCGACCCCGAGGAGCGGUGGCUGACGGAGACGGGGACGUUCGGGGCGGUGACGGAGUGGGGGGCAGACGCUGUGCCCCCCCCCCGCUAUGGGGCUGGCGCGGGCGCUGCAGUGGGGCAGCCUGGCCCAGGCGCUCCACGCUGCGGUCCCGGAGGACGACGAGGACGAUGAGUUGAAGCCCUGAGGCCGCCGUGAGCCCUUCCCAGUGCCCUCCCAGUCCUUCCCAGUUCCCACUGGUCUCUCCCAGUGCCCUCCCAGUCUCCUCCAAACCCCUCCCAGUCCCCUCCAAUCCCCUCC